AUGACUUAUCAAAGUAUAGAGAGUGAAUUGAAAUCACAAUUUACUAAAAUAAAUAUCGAUGGACAAGAUUUAAAGAAAACAUUUGUAGUUGUGGGAAUGGCUGGUUCUGGUAAAACAACAUUUUGUCAAAGACUCUAUUCAUGGAUAAUAGAAGAGAAAGUUUUAACAACAAAAGAAAAUUCUGAUAUAAACGGUUUGAUUAAAGGAAUUAAUUUGGAUCCAGCUGUAUUAAAUCUUAAAAUGCCCUGUCAUUUAGAUAUAAGAGAUGAGGUUAAUAUUAAAGAAGUGAUGAAGGAAUACAAUCUAGGGCCUAAUGGAGCUAUUAACAUUUCAUUAAACCUUUUCUUUAUGAAUAAGACUGUUGAGGAUAGUUUUGUUAAGCCGUCUGAACAUUUUUUCACUAUUAUUGAUACACCAGGACAAAUAGAAUCUUUUAUGUGGAACUUUCCAGGAGAAUUUACUUUUAAUACACUUAAUCCUAAAGACACUACCAUAUUAUUUGUGAUUGAUGCAAAUCAACAUCAAAUAUCAUACUCAAGUAGUUUAUAUCUAUUGAUGUCUAAUUUAAUUUUUGCGGCUACAUUCUCUCAAAAAUACCCACAUUUUAAAAUUAUUUUAAUUCUUAAUAAAUCAGAUAUGAAUGAUUAUACAGAAUUUAAAAAGUUUAAAGAAGAUUAUGAAUAUGCAUUGGAAGUAUUACAAAAUAGACCAAUUGAAAAUGUCAGUUACAUAGGAAAUAUGGCAACAUACUUUGAAGAAUUUUAUUCAAAUAUUGAGAGUGUUGAAUUAAGUUCAUUGACAGGAGAAGGAAAGGAUGAUCUUUUAAGAAUUCUAAAAAUCAAAUAA